GCACAUUUUACAGGAUGUGACCUUAGAUAUACCGGUAUAGUUCAACAGCGAACAAAAUAAGUAUUUUAAAUACCUUACUGUGAUUAUAUAUAUAUAAUUAUAAAGUACAAGACAGUGGUGAGACCGGCCAUGCUGUAGGGUUUAGAGGUAGUGUCACUGAGGAAGAGACAGGAGUCAGAGCUGGAGGUAGCAGAGCUGAAGAUGUUGAGGGACGGCUCAUGUUGGACGUUUGGGGGACGAAGUUAGGGAGGCCAGAUUAAGAUGUUCAGAGGAGGGAGAGUGAGUAUAUUGGUAGGGGAAUUUUGGACAUGGAGCUGCCAGGCAGGAGGCAAAGAGGAAGAUGUAAUAAAUGAGGUUAUGAAGCUAGUUUUGAGGAUGCAGAAGAUAGGGAUAGGUGGAGAGAGAUGAUUCGCUGUGGCGACACCUGAAGGUUGAAGAUUGUGAUUUAUACACAUGACUGUCCCAUCCACCCCCCUUAAACCUAACACUGUCCGAGUAAGCUGAAGCUGCUCCCUAUGCUGCAAUCUCGCCCUUGUGAACUUGGUCACCACCGGCUUGACUCGCUGUAACUGUAUCCUGCAUAUCCCUCAUGUUUCCGCUGUCUGUAGCGUAAGGGAUCAAAAGUCUCUCCUAGCUCCUGUUGCCUUCUCCUGACUCGGUCACACUCCAUCUCCGCCUGUCAUCGUCAUUUUCACCCUAGGGGUCAGUACAACAGGCGGGGCUUCGCGCAGAUUAUAUUGCCAAGUGUGGAUGCGUUUGACAAACACAUAUGCGUCGGCACAUGAAAGAGUGUGUGUGUGUGUGUGAAAGAUAAAGAUGGACGACAGCAGUCACAGAUUCAGGGAUCGAUACGUUCAGCCAGAGAAGACUCAUAAGGAGAUCAUGGCUAAAGGCUCGAGUGGGAUGGAGGUCAUUCUGUCCUCUCUGGAGAACACAAGGGAUUUGCAGACGACUCUGAACAUCUUGGGGAUUCUGAAUGAACUGUUGACUGUGGGUGGCGGCCGCAGGAUCGGAGUGUUUGUAUCUAAAGGAGGAACCGGGAUCCUCAUGCAGUUACUCAUCAGCUCAGGCAGAGAAAUGACUCCCAGUGAAGAGCUCAUGCUGCAGAUCCACUCUCUGCUGGCCAAAGCCGGGCCUAAAGACAGGAAGUUUGGAAUUAAAGCCCGGCUGAACGGGGCUCUGAAUGUGACCGUCAAUCUGCUGAAACAAAACCUGCAGAAUUACAAGCUGCUGCUGCCGUGUUUACAGGUGCUCCGUGUCUACGCCGGCAACUCAGUGAACGCGGUGUCUCUGGGGAAGAGCGGCGUGGUGGAGAUGUUGUUCAAAGUCAUCGGGCCUUACAGCAAGAAGAACACCACUCUGCUGAAAGUGGCCCUUGAUACUUUGGCAGCAUUGCUUAAAUCAAAGAUGAAUGCCAGGCGUGCGAUAGACCGGGGACACGUGCCAGCUCUGCUCGCCAUCUACCAGGACUGGCAUCGGAACGACACGCGCCACAGAAACGUUCUCAUUCGCAAAAGCAUUCUGGGUUGCAUCAAAAACAUCACCAACAUCAAGGUGGGCAGGAAGGCCUUCAUCGACGCAGAUGGCAUGAGGAUUCUCUACAACACCUCCACUGAGUGUUUGCCUGUUAGGACUUUGGAUCCUCUGGUUAUCAUUUCCAGCCUGAUCAUGAGAAAGUGCUUUCCAAAGAACCGCUUGCCUCUGCCCACCAUUAAGAGCGUCUUUCAUUACCCACUACCACACGUUCCAGCCAGCGGACCCGUAGCUCAACUCUACAGUCAGCUACCAGAGGUGGACGACGUUUUAGAUGAGAGUGACGAUAACGAGGACACCGAGGUCGAUACCGAGAAUGAGGAGGAUGAGAAGGACCACAAGUCACAGCAUGAUGACUUCGAGACCGAUCUCAACAAACUGCGACCCAGACAGAUAGCCAUACGCCCAUUUGAUGAGCUAAGACCUUUUGAACGUUUCUUUCCGGAAUUUUCUGAGGAUUUUCAGGACUAUGAAUUUGAGACGAACAAAUCCACAUCCCUUCCCGCGUCUGAGGCUCCAAAGCACCAAAAACACUCUAUAGUCAUCCCUACGGCUCAGACCACACCCAGAAACAAAUCCUCACACCAGAACGUGGAAGCAAAAACGGUGGACUUGGACAGCAUCUCAAUCUCCAAAGCUCCGGAGCGGGAGCUGGUUCACGGACUGAGCCGGCUGCUUCUCGAAACCUCUGAUGCUGUGAAUGGAGGAAGCUGUGUGGAGGCGGGGCUUCAGGAAGAGGGCGGAGAACAGGCGGAGCUUGAAGUGCCUGACACUGCUGCACUUUUGCCUCUGCAUGACCCCGAUCUGUACCUGGAGAUGGUGAAGGGGACGUUCUCUGUGCCUGGCUACACCGAGGUGGCGUAUCCGGAUUACUUUGGCCACGUGGCACCCAGCUUUCGGGAGCACAUUCUUGAGCGGGUGUAUGGUGUACAGAGGGCAAAAAUCUUCCAGGAUAUCGAGAGGCUCAUUCACCCCGGUGACAUCAUGGAUAAAGUUGUGUACGACCUUGACCUGCAGAGCUGUCCGUUAAUUGAUGACGACGAGUCUCUGAAGUUCAACUCGCAGUUCGAAUCGGGGAACUUGCGCAAAGCAAUUCAAGUCAGAAAGUUCGAGUAUGACUUGGUGCUAAACUCGGACAUCAACAGUAACCACUAUCACCAGUGGUUCUACUUCGAGGUGAGCGGCAUGCGUGUGGGAGUACCGUAUCGCUUCAACAUCAUCAACUGUGAAAAAUCCAACAGCCAGUUCAACUACGGCAUGCAGGUGAUCAUGUACUCGGUACAGGAAGCCAUCAGGGGCAGCCCUCGCUGGGUUCGUACUGGAUCUGACAUCUGCUACUACAAGAACCAUUUUUCAAGGAGCUCCAUUGCAGCCGGAGGUCAAAAAGGCAAAUCCUAUUACACCAUCACCUUUACUGUGACUUUUCAUCACAAGGACGACGUCUGUUACUUCGCCUAUCAUUACCCAUACACCUACUCGACCCUGAAGAUGCAUCUGCAGAAGCUGCGUGCUCUGUGCACUCCUCACAUCUACUAUAGACAGCAGCCUCUCUGCAAGACGCUCGGAGGAAAUGACUGCCCUCUGCUGACCAUCACAGCCAUGCCGGAGUCCUCCAGCAAUGACCACGUCUGCCAAUUCAAGAACCGCCCGGUGGUCUUCCUUUCAGGACGCGUUCACCCCGGAGAGACUAACGCCAGCUGGGUGAUGAAGGGCACGCUGGAGUUCCUGAUGAGCCCCAGCCCUCUGGCACAGAGCCUUCGAGAAAGCUACAUCUUCAAAAUCAUCCCCAUGCUCAACCCAGAUGGAGUCAUCAAUGGCAAUCACAGAUGCUCUCUGAGCGGCGAGGAUCUGAACAGACAGUGGCAGAAUCCCAAUGCCGAGCUUCACCCCACCAUCUACCACACCAAGAGUCUGCUGCAGUACCUCAGCGCUAUCGGAAGAGCACCACUGGUGUUCUGUGACUACCAUGGCCACUCGAGGAAGAAGAAUGUGUUCAUGUACGGCUGCAGCGUUAAGGAGACGGUGUGGCAGACCAACGUCAGUGCCAGCUCCUGUGACCUGCAGGAGGACCUGGGAUACAGGACUCUCCCUAAGCUGCUGUCUCAGCUGGCUCCAGCCUUUAGCUUGUCCAGCUGCAGCUUCGUGGUGGAGCGCUCUAAAGAGUCGACGGCGCGAGUGGUGGUGUGGAAGGAGAUCGGCGUCCAGCGCAGCUACACCAUGGAGAGCACGCUGUGCGGCUGUGACCAGGGCAAAUACAAGGGACUUCAGAUUGGAACGAGGGAGCUGGAGGAAAUGGGAGCCCAGUUCUGCGUGGCUCUGCUCAGACUGAGACGCCACACGUCACCCCUGGAGCUACGCAACCACAACGCACACCUGCUGGAUGUGGAGAGUGAUCUAAUAGACACAAGCUGCAAUGUCACCUGCCCCACCACUUACGUGAUGGAGGAAGACGAGCCUGCCUUCCUAGAAGACGUAGACUACAGCGCCGAGAGUGACGACGAGAACGAUCCCGAGCUCGAGCCUGCCCACCUGGACCUGAACUCGGACCCUGAAUUCAACCUCCAAGAUUCUCUUACCUGAGGGCUAUGAGUUAGCUUAUCAAAGCAUCCCAAAUUCAGCUUUGACACACAACCUACAAAAUACCAAAAGACAGAGUUACUGAUAAGAGUGUACACUAAUUCAACUUGCGUUCAAUUUCCGUGAAUCUACCUGAAUCGUAUUGGGAUCCUCAUAUACUUGCAACUAGCCAAUUUAGGUACUAUAAACAUAUCUUUCUAUUAAUACUAUGAAACAAGUCAUGGCCAAUCCACAAAAAGAGAAAAAGUAGAAUUUUAAUUGUAGCUACGCAUGAAGUAAAUGUAAAAAAAAAAAAAAAACCUGCUAAACGCCUUAGCAAUCUCAAGUCAUUAAGAACAAAUUAAUGGUGCUACAUGUGGACACUUCACUUCACUUUUAAUAUGUUCACAUAGACUACAGCAAAGCUGCCUUUCUCUUAAACCUUAAAGCAUUGACAUUCUCACAUCGUUCUAUUAUAUCAUUCUAAUAGUGCAACAUUGCUGCACAUUUUACAGGAUUGCAUGGCAGAAAGGGGGGAAAAAAAAAAAUAAAAACUCCUCGCACAACCACCACCAUGCUUCACAAACCGCAAUUCAGUAUGAAGAAUGUAGUACCGGGUUUAUCUUCAUAUCACUGGUGUGUAUUUGGUGUAAACAGGUUACAGUAUUAGAUCAGUAUCACAUCAGUCAGGGUUCCAUCUCGCACCGUUUCGCAAAAAAAUAACAAGACACUUUAAACUUUUAUUUUAAUUUCUAUGUGGAAUUAUUUCUGUCGUGUUUGUAUAGUAUGCGCAUGACUCUUGAAUGUCGCUUUUUCUAAUUUAUUUUAUUUGUUUAAAGGUUUUUUGGGGUGGUGGGGGAGGGGGCCUGUUGUAGCUUUGUGUGUGGAUGUGAAUGUAAGGGUGUGUGUGUGUGUGUGUGUGUGUGGAUAUGGCAUAAAUGUGAGAUACAUACCAAAAUUGACAUGGUUUUAGAAAUGACUGUCCAACCUCUGACUGAAGUGAAAGUAAUAAAUAAUUCAGUGAA